AUGACGACGUUGAGGAAACACACACUGAAAUACCUAGCAAUAGCAGGUAUACUUACUGUCUUGAUAUCAUACGUGACUCUUUACAGCCAAAACGAUAGUACGAAUCACAUCUUUCCUAGUAGAGUAGAGUGGCUCGGUGAGAGCUAUCCAGUGAAAGGAGGGAAAGGCAGCAAGCACGAAGACAGCCAACCAAUACGGCCAUGGCGACAACCAGAUGAUCAUCCGAUAUCUCAGCUGAUAGAACGCGCACAAAAGGGCUCAAUACAACUUAUCUCGAAACGCUCGUACACCAUUGAGGAAGCAAGCCAAGCUUACCGCUCGCGACGCGGUCGACAUCCGCCCCCGGGCUUCGAUUCAUGGUUCGAGGCGGCACAGCAAAUGGGUGCAAUGGUAGUUGAAGACUUCUUCGAUCGGAUCCACCAUGACAUUGCUCCCUUCUGGUCUGUAGACCCGACGGUGAUGCGGCAGCGUGUCCACACACAACCACAACUUAUCCGUGUUCGUGGCGGUCAUGCUUCAUUUGUGGCCGACUUCGGAAAUCUCCCGAAACGGUCGGACUGGAUGAAUUUGUGGACAGAUGUGGUAAAGGAGAUAUCGUCACAUCUACCUGACUUGGACAUGGCUAUCAACGUCUUGGAUGAGCCAAGGAUUUUGGUACCUUGGGAAAACAUCAAUCAAUAUACCGCUACAGAACUGGGCCUGCGUGAGCUGUUUCCAAGCCAUGAGGCGAAAACAGAGUAUACAGACUACAGCGAUGUGGACCCGGAGUCAAACGAUGACGCCUACCAGCCGGAAUGGAUAGUGGACCAUCCAGACAAGUACUGGGAUUAUGUGCAGGCUGCAUGCCCACCCGAUAGCCUAGCACGUCAUCUUGAAGCGCCCGCGUCGUCGACAAAAGAGUCCAUAGACAACUUGUAUCCUACAUCCCCCUUGGCAAGCUACACUCAUCGUGGCUUCGUUUCAAAUUUCACAGCUUCCCAAGACGCUUGCUUACAGCCGCAUCUCCGAGGCUUACACGGGACCUUCGUCGAGCCGGGCGCCAUAAAGACUCUAGAUACGCUCGAAUUCCCCGUGUUCAGCGGGUCCAAAUUACCCCAGAACAACGACAUACUCAUCCCCGGCGCUAUGUAUCUCACUGACGAGACCCGAUACUCGGGAGGCCGAGGACACGGCGGGCCUUGGAAGGACAAGAAGAACGGGCUGGUCUGGAGAGGUGUCGGAAGUGGAGGUCGAAGUAGUCAAGCAAACUGGUGGAGGUUCCACAGGCAUCGAUUCGUCCAAAUGAUGAACGGAUCAGCCGUAUCUCUGCUCGAGAAGAGCAGCAUGACGGGACCCGUGGGUCCUGAAAUGACGUUCAGACUCGACAAGAACGCUACAUCCGGCGGCAUCGUCACGUCAGCACAGGACAGAGGCGAGCUCGGCGCCUCACUUAUCCCACUGACCGACGUCGGCUUCACGUGGAUGUCAUGCUCUCCAAAGCGUUAUAACUUCUGGGGUCGCCUCGUCCCCACUUGUGCGUAUACCGAGUCCUACUACGCUUUGAAGCCCCAGAUGUCCAUGAGCAAGCAAUACGACAACAAAUUCCUGCCCGACAUCGACGGGAACUCCUUCUCGGCGCGGUGGCGCGGCUUCCUGCUAAGCUCCAGCCUGCCUCUCAAAGCGACUGUGUAUAGCGAAUGGCAUGAUUAUCGAUUGGUCCCGUGGCUGCACUUUGUCCCGUUUGACAACUCAUUCGCUGAUAUCUAUGGAGUGCUAGAAUACUUCCAGCAGCAUGACGAGGAGGCAAGAAGGAUUGCGGAAGAGGGCCAGACUUGGGCUGGGAAGGUGCUGAGAAGAGAGGAUAUGGUUCUCUACGUCUGGAGGUUGCUAUUAGAGUAUGCUAGGGUGAUGGAUCCGCAACGACAUAGGCUGGGGUUUGUCAAGGACCUGACGGGUUGAGCAAUUCUCUCUCGCUG